AUGAACGUGAAGACAGUGCUCGUCCUGCUUGUUCUGGCUCUAGCCACGAUCUUUGCCUUAGUCUGUGUGCUGCUGACCAGAGGAAGGGCCCCCAGCCCGUGCCAGCACCAGCCCCCGGCGCAGGAGGACACCGGUGAUGGCCAGAGCCUGGUCUUUGCUGAUCUGACCCCCGAGGAGAUGGUGCAAGUGGUGCGGUACCUGCAGGGGCACCUCGGGGUGCAGCUGGUGGACGCCUCGCGUGCCAAGCCCUCUGACAGCUGCAUCGCCUCGCUGGACGUGCAGGUCCCUGCCAAGGCGGAGGUGCUGCGGUUCCUGGAUGAGGGGGGCGCUCGGCCCCCCCGGGAGGCGCUGGCUGUGCUGUACUUUGGGAACCAGCCGGACCCCAACGUCACCGAGUACGUGGUGGGUCCGCUGCCGACGCCGGCGUAUCACCGGGACAUCACGGUGCAGAAGUACGGGGGGAAGGUGCCCUACCACCGCAGACAUGUCACCGGCAAGGAGUACAUGGAUAUCAAUGCUCUCAUCCAGCGGGAGCUGAGAAAGGCACGGCGCUUCCUCGCUGCAUGCUGCGAGUCCGACGGGACCGACCUGGCCAUCCUCACCACGGCCCCACGGGGCUUCAAGUCUGGCGAUCGCAUGACCUGGUUUGUCCUCUUCCACAACGUGGCAGGCACUGGCUACUACCUCUCACCAGUGGGUUUGGAGGUGCUGGUGGAGCAUGGGGACCUCCGUCCCCAGUGGCACAAAGUCUUCUACAACGGCCAGUACUUUGCCAGCACAGAGGAUCUGGAGAAUGCAUUUGUGGCCAACAUGCUGGAGGUUGUCAGGAUCAAGAAGCCUCUGGCUGAAGUGGUGCUGGGCUCAAUGAGACCCCGGCGCCCGCCUGGCUCCAUGGGGCCACUGCAGUAUGAGCCCCUGGGUCCCCGCUACAGUGUCCGGGAUAACCAUGUCACCUUCCAGGGCUGGAGCAUCACCUUUGGCAUGAACCCCAACUCUGGCCCACGCCUCUUUGACAUCAGGUUCCGUGGGGAGAGGAUUAUCUAUGAGCUGAGUCUCCAGGAAGCCUUAACUCUGUAUGGCUCCAACUGCCCGGGAGGCAUGUCGACUCGCUACCUCGAUGGGAGCUUUGGCAUCGGCAGGGUUGCCUACGAGCUUGUCCGUGGCCUUGACUGUCCCUAAACGGCGACCUACGUGGACCAGCACUACCUGGCAGAGUCAGAGACCCCCAAAACCAACCAAAACUCACUCUGCAUCUUUGAGCAUGAUGCUGCCCUCCCUCUGCGACGCCACUUCUCUGACUCGCAGUCCUUUUACUAUGGGGGGCUGCGGAAAAACACGCUGGUCAUCCGUGCCAUCUCCACCCUCAUCAACUAUGACUACAUCUGGGACUUCAUGUUCCACAGCAGCGGGGCCGUGGAGGUCCGGGUGCAUGCCACUGGCUACAUCAGCUCCUCCUUCUUCCAUGGUCAAGGCACUGAUUAUGGCAACAGAGUUGGUCCACACACACUGGGGACGAUGCACCUCCACCACAUGCACUACAAGGUGGACCUGGAUCUUGACGGGCAGCUGAACUCUUUGGAGACCCAGGACAUGGGUUAUGAGCUUGUGAAAGAUCCUUGGAGCAUGCAGAACACCAUGGAGCGGCUGUACCUCCGGAGGGAGAGGCUGGAGAGGGAGGAUGAGGCAGCCUUCCCACUCCAUGCCCCCCUGCCUCGCUACCUCUCCUUCACCAGCCCCAAGCCCAACAAGUGGGGGCAUCCACGCAGCUAUCGGCUCCAGAUCACCAGCUCUGCUGGGGAGCACCUGCCUGCCAGCAGCUCCAUGGAGAGGGCCAUCAGCUGGGGCAGGUACCAGCUGGCUGUCACCCGGCGGAAGGAGGAGGAGCCCACCAGCACCAGCAUCUACAACCAGAAUGACCCCUGGACACCAACUGUUGCCUUUGCUGACUUCAUUAACAAUGAGACCAUCACCAAUGAGGAUCUGGUUGCCUGGGUAUCUGUGGGGUUCCUGCACAUCCCCCAUGCUGAAGAUGUCCCCAACACGGUGACUGUGGGCAACGGCGUCGGCUUUUUCCUGAGGCCCUACAACUACUUUGAUGAAGACCCCUCGGUGGACUCGCCCGACAGCAUCUACUUCAGUGAGGCACAGGAUGUGGGUGCAUGUGGGACCAACCAGCUGGCCUGCCCACCCCCCUCCUGUGCCCCCCACCUGCCCCCCUUCCGCUACGGGGGGUUCCUCAACCUCAGAAUCAUGGGGACGCUGUGUCCCAGCACCAGCUGCUGA